GCAACUGAACGGAAGUAUUUUGUCGAGGAACCCCUGUACUGUUCAAUCUAGAGAGGAUUUCUGCACAUUCUAACUUCCUCAAGCCCAUCUGUGCCGUGCACUGUAGCAAAACAGAGUCCAAUCGGGAGGGAGAUUGCUGUAGAAUUUCUCGGAUCUCCAGGCUCCAGUUACUGGACCGCGCAUUGCCUGGAAGUGGUCGCAGUAGAACUGACCGCGUUGAGGAGAAUUGAAAACAGUGACAAUUCUAGUUUGUGGAUGCGAAGCGAAUCGCACCAAGCUUGCUCAUGCUAGGCUGCCUGAGAGUUGUCAACAUUCGAGGCCGUUCCACUACCGUCUGUUGACCGUUCUGCUGGGCUCGGCUGCGUAGCUCGAGCAUGAGAUGAAUUUGUUUUUUGCUCCAGUGUAGCCAAAGUCUGUCAUUCUUCCUAAUUUGCUGAGUUUGAACUGGAAUUCCAGUUGUCUGCCAGCAUGGAGCGCUCGCUGCUGGAAAGUGGCGAGAGCAAAGUAGAGAAGCUGACUGAAGAGCAACAAGGCCGUUUGGAUGAUUUGCUGGCGAACAACAUUCCGGAGUCACGACAGCAGUUGCUCGAGGGCAUCAACAACUUGCGAGAUGUGGCCGAAUACUGUGAGCAGGCGUACCAGGAUGCUGGCACGGAACUGGAGAGGGUCGCGGCCAUCGACACUACCAAGGCGUACUGUGUGCAGUCGCUAGCAAGUGUUGCAUAUCAAGUGGACUCUCUGGCUACGCAAGCCAUGGACCUGUUCACGCUGCAGACGGUGAAGGUAGACCACCUCGAGAUGCACGUCAACAAUCUCCACAUGGCCAUUGAUAUCCACAAGGAGAAAGUGGCGCGCCGUCAAGUUGGUCUUAUGACGCGUCAGAAGCAGUUCGUCCCCGAGCACUGCGUCCUGCUGCCACCCAUUCUCAAUAUACCGUUGUACAAGCGACGCAUGGUGACCGCCGACGACUUUGCCCGCAUCGGCAAUGGUCGUGUGGAUCUUCCCAAGGACAAACCAUACGCCGAUGUCGUCUUCCCUGACAUUGUUUACCAAGACGAGCGUGGCAAGUGUGAUGCUGACAGCAAGAACGCUGUCAAGUCCGUGGAUGUAGCGUCGCUCUCUGGAUCCACCACCAGUAGGUCGAGUCUGAGGAUGUUUCAGAAGGGUCUGAAAAAGUUGAAACACGGCGAUUCCAUUAAAUCUGCCGCAGCAGAUGCAACGGCGAGAGCGGCUGCGGGGGGACUUGACACCAAGCCUACGAUAUCAGCACCAAUUCCUCUGGCAGCCAGUACAAGUACAAGCCAAGAGAGGGCGUGUGUUUAUGUUGGACAAUUUGAUGAUGACCCGUUGCCACCACCACCAGCUGCACCAGCCAACAACGGCACGCCUCCCCGGAAACCGCAGCAACCGACUGGAAAGCCGCUACAGCCUCCGCCCAGUCAGCCCCCGCCGCCACCUCCAUCGCAGUCGCCGGCUAGAGGCUUGAAGGAGCUUUCCCCGCCGUCAUAUCCGCCGCCGUCUCCCUCGCCGCCGUCUCCCUCGCCAUCCUGUGACACGACAGGGUCCGUGUCAUCCACCACAUCCAAGGCAAAGCAGGUGUUGUUGGAAAGGUUUCUGCUGCUGACAGACUCUCCUCAGCCCACUCGACAGGCAGACACUGACGACCCCGUACUCGAUGACGUUGCACCGCACGACCCCUCAGCGCUGGAAGCCUUCUCCCAGUACCGCCAGCGAGCGUCCGCGUUACCCCGGUCAAGCACCAUCGAGCGGCCGAAACGAUUGCACAAGCAAGAAUCCUUGCCGGUCGACCCCGCCACAAGCACUAGAUUCUUACGAAGUGACACGGUGUCAUGCGUGCCGGAUGCCGAUGCUGCCGAUUUGGUGGCCAAGCGUCCAAGCCGCCUACCUCCGCCACCCCCGAGGGAGUCGGCGACGGACGACGUGUUCGGAACCAACGAUCGUUACACAAUACACGGCGAAGCGACGGUGAGCGAGCUGUCCAUGCUUGAGCCAGCGCCUUCGUAUCCUCCCCCACCUCCGCUGGACAUGUGCACGCAGUCGCUGCCCACGGCCACUCCUGCCGCACAAUCCACCCCCUCACCCUCCUUGCCGUCAUCACCGCUGAGUCGGGACGAGUACACAACUACACACUCUCCGCUGCCACAGCAGGUCGGCGACGGGGAUUACACGCGUCUAGAACGACCCAAGACGUCUCCGCCACCCGCACCGACAGGCGGGAGGACGGCUCCCCACCCAAAGCCACCUCGGCGUAACGUGGGAAACCAGGUGCCUAUGAGACCGCCGCCGGUUCCCCCCGGCCAGAGCAUGGGGGUCGUGUCGGGGGUAUCGUCCCGAGACACACUACCCGGGAGCUGCGCGAACACCAAGCGCGCCAGCCUGGGAGCAGUGUUCACUUACAGCGGAACAUCGGUGUCGCAGGCCGAUUCACCCGUGUCCUCUCUGGCCUCCGGAGCGUCGUCAACUGCGCAGCAACCGGAGCCAACGGCGGUGGUCGUCGAUGGCGACGAAGGCGAUGCGUCAGCGUACUCCUCUCUACAGCACUGCAGCAUGGUCAGCACAAACGCGCCGAGCGACUACGAGGAGUUCAAGCCGAUGCCACGACGUCGCUCUUCCGCCAUAUCGGUGGUAAAUCACCUUGGCGGCGGAGUCGGUGCUCGGCGAGUGUCUAAAGCGAGUGCGGGCAGUGCCCCAAUCAGGUCACAGUCACCGUCUGCAUCGCCACUAGAAUCACCGGCGUCCUCGCGAUCUCCACCACCGCUGCCCAUACUCACGCCCGACGCCAGCAUCAUGUCGGCGACGGGCACGCCGUCGGAUUACGAAGACCCUCACUCGCUCUCCUCCAGGACCACUCGCAAUCUGCAGAAGGCAGCACAGUCGCUGGCCGAGGCGCCGGAGUACGCCAUGUACACGGACGAGUCGGUCAAAGCGCGCUUCCAGCCGGGCGGGCCGAUGGUCAAGAUGGCAUCGGAUUCCCUGGAGGACGUGGCAGGCAACGGGGGUGGUGAUGACGCCAGCGGUCUCUACACCACGUUUGUCAAGCCGCCGCCGUCACGCAGAAUGACAUCACCCAUCCUGACGGCCACGAUGCACGCCUCCGACAAGCCGCAGGAGCCGGAGAAGCGCUCGCGCUUCAGCCUGUACCACAGCCCGCUGCGGUUCAUGCGUCGCAGCUCGGGCAGCAGCUGCCACACGCCGACCAGCGAUCGUUCCGGAUGCAGCACGCCUCGCUCGCCGACAUCACCGCGUCACUCCAUCCCGCCGUCGCCCCAAUCCACCGGCGGUAGCAAGAGGAGAAGCAGUGGCAAGAAGAGCCGCUCGCCCAAGGGGGGAGAUAACUCCCUGCCGGCCAUGUUCAUUGGCCAGAUCUCGGCGUGCACGUCGCCGACCAAGGUCGGGGAGAUGCGCCGAUCGGUGACCCUUAAGCCGGGCAAGUAUAUGAACGGCUCACAGAUCGGUGAGCGUUACUCGGACGUGCCAGCCUCCACGUUCCGCAGCUCCGGGUACGUCCCACCGCCGCCGUGCUGCCCUCCGCCCGGCGAUCUCCCUGCCGGCAGUACCCAGGUUAGUAAUGACAUGCUGCCACCCCCACCACCACCACCACCAGCAGCCGACGCCACAGAGUGCUUCGUCGACCCGCUGAUAGCGCGGCUCCGCAAUCAGUUCAGUCAGAUGUCCGAGGAGCCCAGUGUGGAUGAGCAGUCCGUCGACGGAGCGUCCAUGAUCGACGGAGUUCAGGCGUUCUACCGCGGCGGGCAAUUCCCCUCACUGGAUGACUUGCUGCCCAACAAGCAGGAUGCCAAGGGCGACGGCCAGGAUGUGUCGUCGUCUCAACCCGACCACGUCGUGGCUAAUGGAUCGUUGCCACGCAUGCCACCGGCCAUGCCACUGAAUCCACCGCCGCUCUCACCCAGCGUUUCAUCGGUCAAGACGGCGGAAGUCUCGUUCUCCCAGUGCACAUCGCCGACGCGCGGCAGCAGCCGUGCAGAUGAAAGCGUCGUCGCAGAACCAGCCACAACGGCAUCCAGCAGUGGUGGUGGCAGUGCUCCCGCGUCACGCCUCAGCCCCGCCGAGUACUCCAAAAUCAACCGUCGCGCCGCGGGCUCGGUCGACAUCGACGGUAAGACGGUCGUGGCCAGCAGCCUCUCCAGGCGGAGAGCCAGCAAGCAGGCAGCAGAACCCGACUACUCGGUGCCCAAGCGGCGCACAACAGUUGGUAGCAGCCGUCCGUCGGCCAUGCAGAAACAGAGCCGUUCGAUGACCGUUACCAGCGCCGUGCCCGGACAUCCGCCACCUACGGGAGACUUCAACAGCAGCGUGGGCUGGAAUGACGGCAGAACCCCCGACGGUACGCAAUCACCGACAGGAGCACAGCCGUCGUCGGCUAACAAUGCAGCUGCAAAGCGGUCCGGUUAUGCCAAGCUACCGCAGGCACCAGCCACCUCAUUCGCCGCGCUGCCGUCAAAGCAGCACCUGGUUCGGACGCAAACGGCCACGGUGGAGAACAACACCUACGCCAGCGUCAUGCUCGACGGCGGGCGUACGGGCACCAGCGCCGACGAAGACUCCUCGUCAGCGUUUGCCAACGACGAGGAGGAGGCACCGGCGUCCGAGUAUGCCCGGGUCCUGGUGACCAAACGGAAAAGCUUGCGGGUGCGCGAUCGCCCACCCAAGGUGCCGGCCAAGAAAGUGGAAGCCAAACAGGGCAGCGUAGAACUGCUGGAGGUGUUUGAGCGGCGACGCUCCGUGGGUUCGAUCCGCAAGCACGGCCGCCGACAAACACAUAGCGCCACUUCUCGCUUGAGCUCCGCUUCUAACUGCGAGGAGGAGGACCUGUACUCGAUGCUGACAUACCCGGACAGCGACGGCAAUCGAGACGGCGGCUACGAGGGUGGUGAGAGUGGCGCGGAGAGUGCGGGCGGCUUCUCCAGACCCUCGCUGGGCAAUCCAAGGAUGUCGGCGAGGUUCGGAGGUAGCGAGGACUUGCUCGCAUCGCCGAGUCCUAGCGCUGCUUCGUCAUCCGGGCCGGCCGUAGCGCCCCCAUCCAGCCACCACCAGCACCAUGACCAGCAGCAAUACCGGCCUUACUACAGACAGUCGGUGGACAUUCUGGACAGCUCUGGCUCCAUGGGCCGAUCAGGCAUGGCGAGUGCGAGCUUUAAUGCCCCACCGCCGCCGCCGAUGAAGGCCGGCCACUCUAAGAAGAACGACAGUAAACCGAGCCUGUCAUCAGCGGCCAAGGGCCACAAAGGAAAGCCUGACGCUCAGACCAAGUCCAAAGGUAGCAGCAAGGUGUCUAGCAAGAAAGACGAGCAGUCCACCAGCUCACAACCGGCCAUUCUGAAGAAGAUCGUCACGCUUUCUCGUCAGGACAGCGGGACUUUCCCGAGCGUAUCCAGCAAGAAAUAGCUCUGAUGUUGCCAGUCCCUCCGGCUCAGCAGUGGUGAUGUGCAACCAACCCCAUAUCGCAGGGAAUGCUUCAAGCAACCGAGGCACUUAGAGGAGAAGAGCUCGUGGCAUGCAGCAUAACGUUCUCGAAUGGUAGACACUCAGGGCGGUGCCUGCCUCCGGACUCCGGGCAUUCCUACACACACACAUGUAGUGGCAGAUUUGUAAUGAGUUCUAUGCUAUACUACCAGUAAACUGGGACACUCAGAGGUGUGUGCUUACAGCCAGGUAGAUUCCGGUUGGACUCUCACCUCGUGCCCAGUCACCACGCGUCCCUGCCACGCUCAUCUCGUGUGUCAUUAGCAACAGCUGAGCAGUGAUGUUCCUACCUCAGGACUGCUUCGUGACUCCGCUUUCAGCGCACCGUAUUUCUCCCGGUGGCCAAGCGUGUCGGUGCGUGUUGCAGUGUGUGCGAGUGUGCGUGUGUGUGCGCGUGUCCAUUGCAGCGGAUGCAUUGGCAGCCCGAGGCAAAACUCCAAGCGCCACUCGUCACCAGGUGCUCGGUGAAUUGUCGCCGUGUCCAAGCAGAGGAUAUGUAGUGAAAGUCACGCCAGCGCCUAGCUCACUUAUUCUCCUCGCCGCGCUCGCGUGUGAAUGUACAUGAGUUUGUGUGCGUGGGCACGUGAGUUCACGUGUGAGCACGUGAGUUUGUGUGUGUGCACGUCAGUUCAUGCACGCACUUGCCUGCCGUGCAGCGAGCAAAAUGAUUUAAACCUACUCUCCCCGUACCCUGCGAAGAUGUCAAAGAGUGGCUUGACAGGAUCUGGCAUCAGACAAAGCUGUAGCUACAAUUACAAUAGCACUGGCACCUUCAUGCCUAAAUUCCUUUUUUUUUGUACACACACCGCUCCCAUGGCUCUACGAAUAGCACUCGCAUAUGUACCAGUAAUAUUUUAAUAUUUUAUAUAUUUAUUCCCAAUUUUAGCGCUCAGUGUACUUUGCUGCAUUCAGUAACGGGCAGUGGCGCUGCCUUUGCCCUAAUUUUCACCCGUCCGUUUGAACCUGAAAGUGUUUCCUGGUUUCCACGAGUAAAUGUCUCAAGUCUGCAACGAUAUUUUUCUGAACCGAAUGCCUAACUUCUUGGCCGUCCCCAGUGUUGGCUCGCUCCUUGGCCUUUUGCUUUCCUUUUCUACAUUUAAAUCGGUUGAACCAGUCUCUUCUUGUGUCUGUAACUCGCACCAUCUCAAUGUCCCUGUGCUCUACCAACAGUGCUUGUGCGUUUGUAUCCGCGAUACACCACUAUCAGACUGUACCACCCGAAAGCCAUCAUCUUCUCAGUGCUCCCCGUCCUUCUGUCUGCCUUUCUGCGACUCGUGAUACCGACACUCAAAAGGCCACCUUUCUUUCUUUCCUCCCUAUUCUCAUCGUCCCUGCCAGUCCCGCCUUUCCGUGAAUAUCGUAAGUAUACUCGCUUGAUUGUUCGCACAUUUUUAUCUGUCGUCUUCGAGGCUCUACUUCUGCUUAUACUCAGUGGAAUAUAUUUUUUAAAUACAGUUUCCGACAAUUUUUAAAACUUUUAACAUAGCUUUGAGUCACCGGUCUCUAUUCAGGUUUAGAUAUUUUUUAGCACAUUCUUUCUCUGUCCCGUGCAACCAAACGCACACUACUCCACAGUGUGUGUGCGAACUCACACACGCGCAGUGCUGUGCUGUGACGCGGAAUUUCAAGUCGGCGUCAUUGUGAUCAGAGCGCUCCUUGCCGGUGCGGUGUCCGGUCUUC